GCUUUACACAGGUGUGGAUCAUGGCAAUGGACUGUAUAGGCUCCAGCGACGCCUUCAAACUGGGGAUUUUAGGAAGCAUUGUUAGGAGGUAAGCGUUUAUUUGGUUUACUUCAGGCACACUGUUCUUCAGAGCAGCAUAUGAUAUCUUAAGCCUAGUCUUGUGUAACUCUGUUACCAAUUCCUCCAUGAGCUAGCAAACAUGUUUCUGAGAGAAAUGUGUCUGUACGUUUGUUGGAACAUGUAGCCUACCGGUACGCAUCAUUUCAUUUAUAUUAAUCUUAUUUUCAUUUCCUGGCAACUUGCAGCUAGAAAAACUUGUCUACAGUACACACCAGCUACUAUGUAAAGAAGAGGUUUAUGGUUUUGGGAGGCAUUUUGGUCCGUGACUUUCUCGCACGAGUGCUUUUGGAACAUAAUGACAUGCUCUGUUUAUUGUUUUGUCAAAAGCUGUAUUGUGGUCUGUAUGAGUGGUUAAGCAGGUAGGCCUACUGGAAGUAAACUGCUUCCCCCUCCCUGAGCCGGGCUACUGGAAUCCAUAGUGGCACGUGUCUCAAGACUUGGCAUCAUAAAGUCUCUGUGGUAUUGCUGGCUGGGUCAGUCAUUUUUUGUCUUAAAAUGACUUGCGGUCUGAGGUAUGCACUCACUCACUGUCAUGUGCAGGCUGACUUGACUGCCUGCCUGAUGUGUGUACAGAGUGUUACCUGUUAAGUCUGCCUCACCCAUGUAGCUGUAGGAUGGAGAGACUAGGGAAAAAGAGGUAGAGAGGGAGGGGGCAUAGACCUGUGAGCCUCGUUGUGGCGUUUCCGAUCCCGGAUUAACUCACUGACGGAGAUGUUGUUGAGCACCUGCCAACUCAGGCCUCGCUUUCCUGCACCACAACACCAGGGAAGGACUGAGGAGAUGGACGCACAGGGCAGAAUGGGACCUACAGGCUAGAUAUCAGGUCAAUAUGUAGAGCAAAGUAGAAAUGGGGUCAGUCAAGGCACUCGAGGCCUCUUUGAUUGAGUUCAACCGUCGGUUUACGCUCUGUAGCCAUUGUGUUGGUAUGUCUGUGUUGUGCUGGCUGCUGUGUGUUUACUGUAUAUAGAGUAUUUAUAGUGUAAGAUCAAGCCGCUCUGGAGGAAGGCUAAAUUCCCCCGAGGAAUGUUUCCAGAGUUCUCAGGGGGUAGAGCUGAGCCAGUUGGUCACACUUUGGCUGCGGUGCCUGAAAUAGGGCUCUGUUGUUUUAAGCCAGGGAACUCCGUGAAACCUUUAAAAUCUGGUGCUUUUGGAGGACUUAGGCCAAACAGGCACGAGAGAGCGCGAAAGGCAGCCAAGUUUCCCCCUGAACAGGUACUGGGACAGAGCUGAGUUUGUCUGGGAUAGUAACUAGGCUAGCUAGAUAGAUGCUGUGGCAGUGCUGUGUUUGUCUGGGGUGGGGGGGGGGGGGGGGGUAGAAGAUACUGUGAUGUAGCCUAGCCAAUCUGGUAAGGUUGUCUUUAAAUGGAGGUUGUACUUGGGAAUGAUGGGUAGGACCAAAUAACUUGUGGUGGUGUUAGGGAUGGGAAAUGUAGACGUGAUAUCUAUGGUGUUUCUGAUGGGACAGGGAGUUAGUGAGGGCUUCUCUUUGGUUUCUGCAGUGUGUGGCCAUACAGGGGUUUGAGGUGUUUGCAGACCUGUCCAAAGCAACAUGAACACAGGCUACAUUCAGCAGCAGCUGAUUGUGUGGUGAGUGCCGAUGUAUCCUCCAGGGUUGAGGUCAAUUGAAAUUGAAAGCAGUCAGUUCAGGAAGUAAACUGAAAUUCCAAUUCAAUAAUUGAAAAAAGGGCACCUAUGUUCAAUGCUUUAAUUCAAAGCUUUUUCCAUUUAUUAAUUUUCAAUUCAAAUCACUUCCUGAAUUGACUGCAUUCCAUUUGAAUUGACCCCAACCAUGGUAUCCUCUGAGUUUGUAUUAACCCACACCUCUCGUCUCUGUGGUUCCCUAGGUCCCUGGAUGCCCCGCGGCACACCGUCCUCGCCCGCCUGCGCACGGCGCCCCCCGAUGGCCGGCAGCUGACCCCGCCCCCUAGGAUGACGGUGAGAGAGCGGCUGCGGGAGAAGAUCUCGGCGGCGUUCUACCGCCAUGGGCUGCUGUGUGCCUCCUAUCCGGUGCCCAUCAUCCUCUUCACCUCCGCCAGUAUCCUCGCCUGCUGGUACGUCUGAGGAACGGGUGUGUCUAUGGGGGGUUCUGGGGAUGGGCGUGUGCAUCUUCAAGAGAUGAUAUGGGAGAGUUCUUGUACUGGUUUCUCUGAACACGUUCAGUGUUGGUUUAAGGCAAGUUGUGAAAUGAUUGUAUAUUUAUUUUUAUAUCAACAUGGGCAGAGGUGAGAUGGUAGGUUAGGAGAAGAGAAGCAGAUGGAUGAAAAGAAGAGGGAAACAACAGAGCUGGGAGAAAAAGGAGCAGACCCUGCAAAACCCAGUCAACUAAAUAAAACAGCCAUAGCCAAACGCAUAACUCAGGACUCGGAACAGAACACACACUUCUCCACCUCAGAGUUCCACACCAGAGGUCAACCCCGUCACAGUUGAAAGGUCACAGCUGAGAAGUCAGGAUAGGAUGGAACGAAUACGGUACAGCAUGGAACCAUGGGAGGCAGCAGUGCAGUGCCAAAAGCACGGCUGGCUGACGGCUGCGCUGAGUGCAGGGAAUUAAAUGGGUGGAAGCAGAGUUAAAAAGAGAGACACAGCAGAGGGCUGUGAGAAAGUGACCCCUGGAGAAUAGGCCUGUCUGUGUGUUCCAGGCCCUCCAUCUGCCUCCCAGGAGGUGGGGGCUCCUGCUGCAAAACAAGAGGCCUUUGUGGCAGUACAGUGACCUUCGAGAGGGAGAGCGAGCGGGAGAGAGGGUGUAGUGUCCUCAAAGAGAAAUCUGUAUCCCGUGGCCCUGGGCCUGACAGGCUGCCAAAGAAACAGGAUGUUAGUGUUAAAGCACUAAGAUACUGAGCAACACUCUCAGUCACAUCACUAUUGUACUGUACUUUGGAACUAUGCAAACUGCACAUUGAUGUGGUGCAGGUCAGGUUACUGAGUCAGUUUUGACAGCGUUUAGUGAAUAGAACACCCAGAAAUGUUUCAUUGUGUUCAGUCCUCACCUGAAAAUCAAUUUCCCAAUAACCUGUUGGAAUCUUUAGUUAAUUAUUCAAGAGGUUUGAAAUGCUUUUGCUCGUCCAUGAAGGUGGACUACAACUUCUCGGCAACAGAGCUGGGUCUAUACCCUUCACAGUGAGGUAGUCUCCUCACGAGGGGUAAUAAAAUAACACAAUUGUAGAUUUCCACUCACAAGGUCCGGAUAUUUCUAGAACUAGGUGGCAAAGAGAUUUUAACUGGCUAUGGUUGGCAUCUUCCAAAUUUGUACCUACUUUCAUCCCUUUGCUGCAAUGUAUUGCCAGGGUGUGAUCAUCAUUUCCAUUCGUGGUAAAGAAUGUACCCAAUGGCCUGACUGAGACAAAUGCAGCACUGUCACUCUGGCUGUUUGUUUUCGCCUCAGUAGCCUCGUAGCUUUCCAUGAAUUUUGGAAGCGCCCUUGAACUUAAUGCACUUGUUGGUUGAUGGUUUUCGUUGUUUCUGUGUGUGUGUGUUUGGGAACACCACCUGUUUUGCAGGGCAAAUGGGUCCUAGAAAGUGGGCCUUUGUAGAAGAAUGAUUGAGUGACGAUGACAACCUGGGAUUAAAGGUUGUAGUUACACAUACAUUAGGGUGGAAUUAGUGGGUAUUAGUUAGACUCAUGUUUUUACAUGAGUGGAUAUGGUAUCGGCAUAUUAAGCACUAAACCCCUUCAAUCCUUUUCUCAUUAAGUGUGUUCAUUCCUGUGUCUGUGUGUGGGCGUGCAAUUGUGCAUGUGAGAGUUAUCGGUCUACUAAAUCUUCUAAAUCUCAGUGUGUUUCAUAAGAGCCAACCUCUUCCCAGGAGAACAGGGGUGUUGGUCUCUAGUUAAUACUUAAUCUGCCAACAAAGGACAGGGGAGGCAGUGGCACUGACUUAUUUUUUCUCUCUUACAGACAUUAACACACUUGCAUACUCAGGGACGCUUAUUUGCUCAUACAUGUAUUAUUACAUACAUUUAACUGUAAGGUAAUGAUAAUUUUGGUAGAGGGUGUGUAUUUUAGUGCUGGGAUAAGAAGUCUCAAUACUCAGGCCUGUAACUAAUAUUCAGACCCAAAUGUAAUGUAUUCUCCACUCCCAUGUGAUCGCCCGUCCUCCCUCUUCUCUCUCCCCCCUCUCUCAGUUACCCCCUGCUGCGGCUGCCUCUGCCGGGGACAGGGCCGGUGGAGUUCACCACACGGGUCCGAGAUUACACCGUCCCUUCCCAUGAGCCCCAGGGAGACCUCGGCGAGCGGCCUGACUGGGUAAGACUCACGGUCAAAAGAUCAACCCACUUCCAGAGCCUACGUGGCUUGAGAUUUGGACUGUUUACAUGGUACAUCUUUCUUUUGUGGAACUCAAUGAAACUAACACCACUAUGUACCAUGUAGUUACCAAUUGCAUUGAAUUCUUUGAAAUACCGUCUGAAAAAGGGACUACAAUAACAAUAACCCAUCCAUCUCUCUGCCCAUGUUUUACAAACCUCUCGCUCUCCUUUUCCUCCAGUAUCAGGGUCCUCCGGUGGCCUACAUCCAGCAGGUCCUGGUGAAGGCAGCUGUGUCUCCCUGGGACAGUACGCUGGUCCCUGUGGACGUGUUCCGCUCCCCACUGGGCCGCGUAUUCAGCCUGCUGGAGGAGAUCCGCAACCAUGUACACAACGACGGGUAUGGGGAAACUACACACACACACAUCCAAUGUCUCUCAGCCGCCUCUAGCUCUCUCUACCUUAAAAUGCACCUUGACUGGACCGGACUUACCUCUCCUCUCUUUGCAGUUCUGGGGUCAGGAGCUUGGAGGCGCUCUGCCUGCAGGUGACGGACCUGUUGCCGGGGUUACGGCGUAUGCAGACGGUGCUGCCGGAGCACGGUUGUCUGUUGGUCUCCCCCGGCAACUACUGGCAGAACCAGCGGGAACUGUUUGACUCUGACCCCGACCUGCUGAAGACCGUCCACCAGCACGAACCCAAAGGACUGCACACCUCUGCCACACUGAGAGGUAGAGAGGGAGGAAGGGGAGGGGAGGGGUAAAUAGAGGGCAGAGCAGAGGAAGUAUCCUUUUGUAUCCCUUUAGCUAAUGCUCAUUGAGCCCCAACUAGAACAUGUGAGCGGAGUUGAGCGGUUGGAAAUCGCGCUCAUCGCUCAUGGAGCGGUGCUUGCGCUCCAUGGCCUUUCCUACCGCUCCAAAUUCGCUCCGUUCAUUAAAAUCACAAUUUAACCAACACCCAUCUACAGUGGGGGAAAAAAGUAUUUAGUCAGCCACCAAUUGUGCAAGUUCUCCCACUUAAAAAGAUGAAAGAGGCCUGUAAUUUUCAUCAUAGGUAUACGUUAACUAUGACAGACAAAAUGAGAUUUUUUUUUCCAGAAAAUCACAUUGUAGGAUUUUUUAUGAAUUUAUUUGCAAAUUAUGGUGGAAAAUAAGUAUUUGGUCAAUAACAAAAGUUUCUCAAUACUUUGUUAUAUACCCUUUGUUGGCAAUGACACAGGUCAAAUGUUUUCUGUAAGUCUUCACCAGGUUUUCACACACUGUUGCUGGUAUUUUGGCCCAUUCCUCCAUGCAGAUCUCCUCUAGAGCAGUGAUGUUUUGGGGCUGUCGCUGGGCAACACAGACUUUCAACUCCCUCCAAAGAUUUUUUUAUGGGGUUGAGAUCUGGAGACUGGCUAGGCCACUCCAGGACCUUGAAAUGCUUCUUACAAAGCCACUCCUUCGUUGCCCGGGCGGUGUGUUUGGGAUCAUUGUCAUGCUGAAAGACCCAGCCACGUUUCAUCUUCAAUGCCCUUGCUGAUGGAAGGAGGUUUUCACUCAAAAUCUCACGAUACAUGGCCCCAUUCAUUCUUUCCUUUACACGGAUCAGUCGUCCUGGUCCCUAUGCAGAAAAACAGCCCCAAAGCAUGAUGUUUCCACCCCCAUGUUUCACAGUAGGUAUGGUGUUCUUUGGAUGCAACUCAGCAUUCUUUGUCCUCCAAACACGACGAGUUGAGUUUUUACCAAAAAGUUCUAUUUUGGUUUCAUCUGACCAUAUGACAUUCUCCCAAUCCUCUUCUGGAACAUCCAAAUGCACUCUAGCAAACUUCAGACGGGCCUGGACAUGUACUGGCUUAAGCAGGGGGACACGUCUUGCACUGCAGGAUUUGAGUCCCUGGCGGCGUAGUGUGUUACUGAUGGUAGGCUUUGUUACUUUGGUCCCAGCUCUCUGCAGGUCAUUCACUAGGUCCCCCCGUGUGGUUCUGGGAUUUUUGCUCACCGUUCUUGUGAUCAUUUUGACCCCACGGGGUGAGAUCUUGCGUGGAGCCCCAGAUCGAGGGAGAUUAUCAGUGGUCUUGUAUGUCUUCCAUUUCCUAAUAAUUGCUCCCACAGUUGAUUUCUUCAAACCAAGCUGCUUACCUAUUGCAGAUUCAGUCUUCCCAGCCUGGUGCAGGUCUACACUUUUGUUUCUGGUGUCCUUUGACAGCUCUUUGGUCUUGGCCAUAGUGGAGUUUGGAGUGUGACUGUUUGAGGUUGUGGACAGGUGUCUUUAAUACUGAUAACAAGUUCAAACAGAUGCCAUUAAUACAGGUAACGAGUGGAGGACAGAGGAGCCUCUUAAAGAAGAAGUUACAGGUCUGUGAGAGCCAGAAAUCUUGCUUGUUUGUAGGUGACCAAAUACUUAUUUUCCACCAUAAUUUGCAAAUAAAUUCAUAAAAAAUCUUACAAUGUUAUUUUCUCUCAAUUUGUCUGUCAUUGUUGACGUGUACCUAUGAUGAAAAUUACAGGCCUCUCUCAUCUUUUUAAGUGGGAGAACUUGCACAAUUGGUGACUGACUAAAUACUUUUUUUCCCCACUGUAUUUUUGUGACUUCCUGGACCUACCAAUUGGUUUUUAAGUAUUGAAACCAAACCAUAUGGAUUUGAAUGAAAAGUAUUUGAAUAAACAUGAAAAGGUGAAUGUAAAAAGCAAACAUCAUUUCAAAUAGGCUACAUGUCAUAUUAAACAGCAUAUAAACACUCUAAAUAGGUCAGGAGCCUAAGAAGGAACGAAAAUGAAUUAUUUAGGCUAUAUUAUUUAUAUUAUUUCAAUUAUUUCAAGGCUGUAGCCUACAAAGAAAUACACUGCUCAAAAAAAUAAAGGGAACACUUAAACAACACAAUGUAACUCCAAGUCAAUCACACUUCUGUGAAAUCAAACUGUCCACUUAGGAAGCAACACUGAUUGACAAUACAUUUCACAUGCUGUUGUGCAAAUGGAAUAGACAACAGGUGGAAAUUAUGGCAAUUAGCAAGACACCCCCAAUAAAGGAGUGGUUCUGCAGGUGGUGACCACAUACCACUUCUCAGUUCCUAUGUUUCCUGGCUGAUGUUUUGGUCACUUUUGAAUGCUGGCGGUGCUUUCACUCUAGUGGUAGCAUGAGACGGAGUCUACAACCCACACAAGUGGCUCAGGUAGUGCAGCUCAUCCAGGAUGGCACAUCAAUGCGAGCUGUGGCAAGAAGGUUUGCUGUGUCUGUCAGCGUAGUGUCCAGAGCAUGGAGGCGCUACCAGGAGACAGGCCAGUACAUCAGGAGACGUGUACUCCAGAGGAGCAGGGGGGUGAUGAGGCCACAAUCAUGGUAAAAUCCAGAGGUGGUAUGAGGGCCGACGUCCACAGGUGGGGUUGUGCUUACAGCCCAACACCGUGCAGGACGUUUGGCAUUUGCCAGAGAACACCAAGAUUGGCAAAAUUCGCCACUGGCCCUGUGCUCUCACAGAUGAAAGCAGGUUCACACUGAGCACAUGUGACAGACGUGACAGAGUCUGGAGACGCCGUGGAGAACGUUCUGCUGCCCCUCAACAUCCUCCAGCAUACCGGUUUUGGCGUGGGUCAGUCUGUGGUGGGGUGGCAUUCUUGUGGGGGGCCGCACAGCCCUCCAUGUGCUCACCAGAGGUAGCCUGACUGCCAUAGGUACCGAAAUGAGAUCCUCAGACCCCUUGUGAGACCAUAUGCUGGUGCGGUUGGCCCUGGGUUCCUCCUAAUGCAAGACAAUGCUAGACCUCAUGUGGCUGGAGUGUGUCAGCAGUUCUUGCAAGAGGAAGGCAUUGAUGCUAUGGACUGGCCCGCCAGUUCCCCAGACCUGAAUCCAAUUGAGCACAUCUGGGACAUCAUGUCUCGCUCCAUACACCAAAACCACGUUGCACCACAGACUGUCCAGGAGUUGGCGGAUGCUUUAGUCCAGGUCUGGGAGGAGAUCCCUCAGGAGACCAUCCGCCACCUCAUCAGGAGCAUGCCCAGGCAUUGUAGGGAGGUCAUACAGGCAGACAGCCUGUAGUCUGGUUUUCCACUUUAAUUUUGAGUGUGACUCCAAAUCCAGACCUCCAUGGGUUGAUACAUUUGAUUUCCAUUGAUAAUUUGUGUGUGAUUUUGUUGUCAGCACAUUCAACUAUGUAAAGAAAAAAGUAUUUCAUAAGAUUAUUUCAUUAAUUCAGAUCUAGGAUGUGUUAUUUUAGUGUUCCCUUUAUUUUUUUGAGCAGUGUACAUUGUGAAGCAUUUGCGAGUGUGACACAAUAGGCUGGUAGGGACAUAAAGGGCUCAGCAUUUAAACAACAUUUUGUUGUAUUAAAUCACUAUAGUCUAUAAAUUGAGCAUAUAGGCUGUGACUUACUUAGAAUUAAAUACAAAUUAAACGAUAAAUGCCUUAUUUGUCUGUCUACAGUGCCUUGAACGAGUUUGGCCAGUCUGUGGCUUCAGGCUCUUGUGAUGGUGCCUGGAGUGCAGGCCAGCAGCAGAGAAUAUCAUUUGCAGAGCCACUGGGGAGGCUAAACGCCCUUUUUGGCCAAUCUUGCCAGGCUGAGCAGAGAUGCAGAGUUGUUUUAAAAAAUGUCUAUAGGUAGGCGUAAAGGUUUUUAGGCAAAAUAACCCAAUCAAAACAGAAAGCUCCUUGAAAGUGGGAAUGUGCCAGGCCUAUUGGGCUAAAAUUAUUUAUGGCUUAUUGUAUAGAUAAUAGAACAAGAAUGAACGAAACUUUUAAGAGAUCUGAUUUUUAGUUUAUAAAUACUUUGCUACAAUGACACUCUUAGUUAUUUACAAACCUUGUUCCUUUCUUUUAGCAUGUGCAUGUAGUAAGUACACCAUCAUGCUUUCGGGAUACGUAUAGCAAAGGGCUAUAGCAGCACACAAGUAGACUACAAAUGCAUGCCCUCAGCUCGUGAAGUAAGCCCGACUUUUUUGGAGCGAAAUUGGAGCGGGCAAGAUGGUCGACGCUCCAUCCUUUGGGAAUCUCGCUCCGCGCUCCAGUCAAAUUGGGCACGCUCCUCACUCCGCUCACGUACUCUGGCCCCAACUAGUGGCAGACUGGUAAUGCUGAUAUUGUUCAAUGCUAAUUGUGUGUGUGUGUGUGUGUGUUUAGACCUGCUGUUUGGCGUCCCGGGGAAACACACAGGGGUGAGUCUGUACAGCAGGAAGAAGGUGGUCACCUACACCAUCACCAUGGUCCUGGGCAGCUAUGACACCAGGUUCCUGUCUAGCCUGCGGGCGCGUCUCCGCCAGCUGCACCCUUCGGUGAACUGCAGCCUGCGAGACGACCACAUGGUGCACGUGCACUUCAAGGAGGAGAUAGGCGUCGCCGAGCUCAUCCCCCUGGUCACCACCUACAUCAUACUGUUCGCCUACAUCUACUUCUCCACACGUAAGCAUCUGACUGGUCUGGACGCCACGGGGGCAUCUCAAUAGUCUGAAGAGGUUCACUUCCCUUCAUCUGCACUGAUCUGAAAGUUGGCUUAGUUUGAAUUAGUUAAAGAUGCAUCCUUCUUUCCAUCCGUGCUUCCUUGAAGUAAUGUGUCCCAUUACUAAGGCUGGUGGGGGCAAUUGGUUUCAAAUGAAAUGCUUUGGGGGCCUCUCCUUUUCUCUGGGAUAUUGUUCCCAGGUGCCCAGUCAAGGCCACAGAGCCAAGGCCCAGAAUAGUGUGUGUGUGUGUUUGACUGAGUCCUAGCCAAGGCUGUUCCUGUCUAGUCCAGGGAUAAUCCCGUAUACAGGAACACUGUAGUCCACCAUAAUGCACAACGAUAAGACUCACCAAUGUGUGCCAACACCAACAAUAUGCUGGCAUACACACACACACACACGUGCAAUCUGUACUGUACACAAACCUCAUUUCAACUAAGAUCUGCAGAAACUCACUCAUGCUCAGAGACAUUCUUCUUUGUAGUGUGGCUGUGUAGCCUCUGUCUAUGCUACCUCUUUCCUUCGUGUGUGUAGCCGCUGUCUAUGCUACCUCUUUCCUUCGUGUGUGUAGCCGCUGUCUAUGCUACCUCUUUCCUUCCAGUGUGUGUAGCCGCUGUCUAUGCUACCUCUUUCCUUCCAGUGUGUGUAGCCGCUGUCUAUGCGAACUCUUUCCUUCCAGUGUGUGUAGCCUCUGUCUAUGCUAACUCUUUCCUUCCAGUGUGUGUAGCCUCUGUCUAUGCUAACUCUUUCCUUCCAGUGUGUGUAGCCUCUGUCUAUGCUAACUCUUUCCUUCCAGUGUGUGUAGCCUCUGUCAAUGCUAACUCUACUUCUUCCUCUCCCCAGGUAAGAUUGACAUGGUGAAGUCAAAAUGGGGCUUGGCGCUGGCUGCCGUGGUAACGGUGCUCAGCUCUCUGCUUAUGUCUGUGGGGCUCUGCACCCUGUUCGGCCUGACGCCCACACUCAAUGGAGGGUAAGAAACACACACACACCAAAAGCAUGCCCACACACUUACUAACUCACACACACACACACUCUAAAAGCCCCUGACCCUCUCCUGCUCAUUGAUCUGUAUGGAUUACUGUGGGACUGCAGAUGUUAAUGUACAGUGAGUGACAGGGGACUCUGUUACCGAGAGCAACAGAUGUGGACUUAAAGGGGAGGCGGGAAUCCUAAGAGGGCGGGGAUAGAUAUUGAUGUGGCGUACCUGGCCAAUCACACCCAGCUUAUUGGAAUGUAGAGGAUGGCGUGACCACCUCACGCCAUCCAAAUCUCACCAACCAUCAACCAAGAUUCCAGGGUCUAUACACACACAUGCACAUAGACCUACAUACCCUCUAUUGUGCAUAUUGACACAAUGGCCACACAAUAAAUCCUGAAGUAAUAACACGUGUGUUUAGUCUUUAUCUUCUGUGGCGUGGUUAUGUUACAUACUGACCUCCAACCCACCAACCCUUAUCUCCACGUGUAGUGAUAGCAUAUCUCCGGUUCACUCUGUCAAACCUUCUUCAUUCGCCCGUUCUCUCUUUCUUCAUCCAUACUCUUGUCUACUACAUGUCCCAGUUUCUAUUUUUAACCAGUGUUUUUAUUUGUGUGACAAAUAUAAUGACCUCAAUCAAAUUGAAAAACCUGACCUCUCUCCCACCCUAACAUCCAAACGUGCAUCUAUCACCUGAUCCACAAAUAAGCACUCUUGAGAGCACUGGUUACUCAAAUGAGAUUAUGAAGUAUUAUUCACAAUAGCCUUGUAAUCAUGUUGUCUCUCCUUGUGUCUCUCUCUCUCUCAGUGAGAUCUUCCCCUAUCUGGUGGUGGUGAUAGGGCUGGAGAACGUCCUGGUUCUCACCAAGUCUGUGGUGUCCACCCCUGUUGACCUGGAGGUCAAACUACGCAUCGCUCAGGGUAAGACUGUGUGGGUUGGUUGGUUGGUUCUUCUAUCCUUGUGGGGACCUACAAAUCCCCAAAACGUCCCCACAAGGAUAGUAAAACAAGGAACAUUAUCCCUUGUGGGGACAUUUCCCACAUCCCCAUGAGGACAAAGGCUAUUUUAAGCUUAGGGGUUAGAGUUACAGGUUAAGGUUAGUGUUAUGGUUUAGGGUUAGGGAAAAUAGGAUUUGGAAUGGAAAUUAAUUUUAGGUCCCCUCGAGUGAAAGCCAAGCAUUUGUUAAUGUGGUAUUGUGUUGUCCCUCUCCAGGCCUUAGUAAUGAGAGCUGGUCUAUCAUGAAGAACAUGGCCACAGAGCUGUGCAUCAUCCUCAUAGGAUAUUUCACCCUGGUGCCUGCUAUCCAGGUAACACACACACACACCAAUCUAUCGCACACUGGCGUAUGAACACAGGUAGACACACACUUUCAUUCACAUAGUAGAGCAUACCGCCACACAACAUACACCCACGCACACUUCUCCCGUGUAAGUUAUGAGUGGCCUGAUGUUUAUUUCUGUGUGUGUUUCCAGGAGUUCUGUCUGUUUGCUGUGGUGGGGCUGGUGUCUGACUUCUUCCUUCAGAUGUUCUUCUUCACCACAGUCCUUUCCAUUGACAUCCGACGCAUGGAGGUGAACACAGGCACACACACACACUGUCAACAGUGCUUUCCUUAGUAAUUAACCGACAUGGAGGAGAGGUCAUAGACACACACACAUUUGCAAUGUGAAGGUGAGGUCUCUUGUGACAUGAGUCAUUUCCUGAGUCGACAGUAUUCAGUAAAAUAUUGACAGUCUCUUUAUCCACCUUGUUCCCCUGUUACGCUCAGACACAUACUCUAACACUAAUCCAUACACAUAUACUCACGUACUUGUACUCUCACACACGUUACACACUCCCACAUGCCCGCACCCUAAAACUGUCCUCUCACACACACAGUUGGCCGAUCUGAACCGGCGUCUUCCGGCCGAGGCGGGGAUGCCACCUCCCAAACCGGGCCCCCUGCGCCCUCGGGAGGCGCCUCCUCCCCCACGGCCCUCGCCCCACACCAUCACCCUGCAGACGCCCGCCUUCAGGAACCUGCGUCUGCCCAAGAGGCUCCGUGUGGUCUACUUCCUGGCCCGCACGCGUCUGGCCCAGCGCUUCAUCAUGGUGAGACUGGGUGGAGGCACUUCCAGAAAAUACAGUUCGUUUAAGUUAGGGUUGCACGAUUAUUUCACAAAAUGUACAGGCUUUCCAGAAAUUAGGAUUGAAAGAUUCCUGAUUUCCUGCUUAUUCCCGUCUGAUUCCGGGAAUCUUCCAACUGGAUUUUUUGGGAAUUUGGGGAAAGUUACCGGACUUUUGCGACCCUAGUUUUACUUAGUCCAGUGUUAACAAAUGCUUGUGUGAAAGGAGGGUGAGUUAGCACUGGGCUAAGAACAAGCAGUGUGAAAAAGCCUUAAGGGUGACUGUCUCAAGGCCUUUUCACAGAGAUUCUGCCUUUUGGGCCGUCGUGUCUGCAUGUGUAACUGUCUGUCUCGCCUGUCAAUAUUUGUCUGUCUCUGUAUGACUGUUUGAACAUUUACAGUACUUCCUUGAAGUAGCUCUCUGUAUGCAUUGACAUGUCCCUGUAUCGUUGUAGGUGGGUACAGUGAUCUGGAUUGGCAUCCUGGCCUACACGGACCCCGCCGGCCUCCGCACCUACCUGGCAACCCAGGUAUCUGAACAGAGCCCCCUGGGGGAGGGCGGGGCCGGGGGUCUGCCCCCCAACCUGGGAGUAGCCCCAGUCUUCCCUGGACCAGGAGGGGACCCCGCCAGCACCCUCAGUGUCCUCCCCGCCCCGGCUGAACCCACCCCGCUUCCAGAGAACCAGUCCCAGGGCCACCAUGGGGCCCCCAGGGAAGGAGUACCCCACCAGGCCCAGCCCCCACCCCUGGUGCCCCAGAUCAGCUGGGGGGCGGAGGAUGAGGAGGGCUGGAGGAGGACUGUCUUUCAGACACUGGCCCUCGCUCUUCAGCUACUAUAAUAUUACACUGGCCAAGAGGUAGGUCAGGGGAGUUGGAAUGAGUUACUGUGUGUGUAUGUGCAUAGUGUGUGUGUGUCACUGUUUACCCUACUGACCAUGCUUUUGGGUUAUGGAUGGGAAGAAAGGUGAAUUCAAUGUCUUAAUGUAGGAAAUGUCAUUUUGUUACCUUUCUGUCCCACAGAUACAUCAGCAUCCUGCCUGUCAUACCCGUCACGCUCCACCUGAGCCCCCGGGAGGCCAUCGAGACGCGUCACCCCCAGGACACACGCCACCCCCCGCCGCCCACCCUCAAAACUAACGACCUGCCCGCAGACCUCACGCUCUACAAGUCAGUACCGACACACUCACACAUGCAACAACCUCUAUCGCCAAGGCCUUCAAACUACAGAUUGACUAAUAUUCCCCCUAAUACCACAAUCUAUGCACUUCAUGUUUUUCAAAUGCACACACCCACACACAGUGCACACCACUUCAAAGUCCAUGCUAAUGCUCUUGUGCAGGCGAAAGGUCAAUGUUAUAGGGAACGGUUAUGGUGUCAAGGCCAAGAGAUUCAGUGAUAAUCCACACAGUCCAAACUCGCAUCUCAUACAGUAUAUGCUCGCAUUUGUCCCACAUAGGAUUGCAAAAUUCCAGAAACUUUCAAUAAACUCCCUGGUUUUCCCAUAAUCCCGGUUGGAGGAUCCUGGAAUCAGGAAGGAGUAAGCAGGAAAUCCAGAAGCCUCCAACCAGGAUUUCUGGAAAACCAGGGAAUUUAUUGAAAGUUCCAGACAUUUUGCAACCCUAGUCCCAGACCUCUCUCCUCUCCCUCUCUUUCUAACUUUGUAAACUAAACAAGGCCAAACAGUCCGUCACUGUGUCGAUGGUUAUCUAAAAAAGAGUUUUUCUCUUAUCUCUACAGUUGACUGGAUAUUGGGCGAGUUCAUUUUUCAUCGGUGCCCCAGGUGGGUGGGAUUUGCACAUUUUAGACCAUUCCAUUGGUCCUAAAGUGAAAUCUCCACCCACCCGGGGCACAGGGCCAUGCAAAACAAACUCCCUCACUGACUCGCAGACUUUGGUCCUAUCUACCAGCUCAUCUGAUUGGCUGUCAGGUUACUCGUAAGAUGUCCGUGGGUUGAUGAUGUCAUGGUGGAGUGGGUGAUGGUUGGUGUGGUUUUUGGAUGGUGUGAAACGGGAUCUCAACUGUGUUUUCCCUAGUUCUAUUUUGUUAGUAGUAGGGGGCAAAGGUUCCUCAAAACAACAGGCAGUACUGCCAACAUCAAUGUUUGUAUUAGAACAAACAGAAUUAGGCAGGGGGGGGGGUGCUGUGUUGCUUGAGAAGUGAGGAUGGAAAUAUUGUUUUAAAAGACCACCAGUGUUUUUCCUGCUGUGUACUACAUCCUUGACCAAUAGCAUAUUAAAAUCGAUCCAACUUUUGAACUUUGUCCACCGUGAUUUGUAACGCUAGGGAAGGUUUUUCAUUGUAAGUGGAAGGUCUGAAUCAUAUUCAUCAGGUCAUGAACAUGUGCUAUUUGCAGCCAGUUUGUGCACACUACAUGGGUGCGUUUCCCUAAGGGGACAAUAAAGUCAGUAUGUACAGGCUGACUCCAUGCAUGAGUGUGUGCUGGACCAGUCAGACUCUGCCGUGGUUUCAGGACUGGUAUUGCAUGUCGAGCUGGUCACACCAGUGCGUCAGGCCCUAUUGUCAUGGCAGUGACGCAUUCUACACUACAGGUGAUUUUGAGGCUUCUGCCUUUACAACCGUCUCUACUAGAGGGACUCACUGGACCCAUUAAAAUGGCUCUGCAUUCUAGACUUUUCUCAUGGGGGAUAAUGAACAGUCAGUCAUGUUAUGUCAUUCUGACAAGCUUAUGAUUUAUGUUGGUACGUAAUUGCGUCAAGUUCACACCUUUCUCAAGGUUCAAGUCUUUCUAUUGUAAGAUGCACUGUGCGGGCUACAAGAUGGUUUGGUCUCCCGGUCAUUAGUACUCUCUGUCUAACUUUCUCUCUCUUCACAUAUUUAACCUGCUCUCUCUCAAUCUCAAUGCAAUCCAAACCAGCGUUAUUGGCACGUAUGGAGAAGGCAUCACAGAGGUUAUUUACCCUCUCUGUCUCUCUCUUUAGGGUAGCAGCUCUGGGCCUGGCAGCAGGGGUUCUGCUGGUGCUGCUGCUCUUCUGUCUCUACCGGGUCCUCUGUCCCCGCAACUACGGCCAGAACGGCGUGGCCCACGGACGCCGUCGCCGCGGUGACCUGCCCUGCGACGACUACGGCUACUCGCCACCCAUCAGCGAAAUCUCCCCCCUGCUGCUGCGUGGACACAGCAUGGUGAGAGACUGGGCGCACACAAUCGGACACAAAUACCAUUGUUUAUUUGCGUGAAUAUUUACGAGUAUCUCUCCUCUGCAUUCUCUCUCUCUCUCUCGCUCUCUCUCUAGGAUAUAGAGUGUCUGGCGAGUGAUGGAAUGCUGUUGGCCAGUUGCUGUCUGGCAGGACAGAUCCGUGUGUGGGACGCUCAGACUGGAGACUGCCUCACCGUCAUUCCUAAACAUGGGUAAGACAGGUGCAAACAUACCACAUACAGAGCUAUGGACAGUUCAUGCUUGUGUUCAUGCAUAGUGUUUCUCUUUUUUGGCCUGCCACCACCCACCUCUUCGGAGUACAACUUUUAUUAUUUGAAUAAUAAAUGUACAAUAUUAACUUUACAUAUGUAAGUACAAGUCAUUAGAUUUAUUUUUUCAGUAUAGUAUUCCUCUGUGUUCAACCUUCUUCCCAUUCCCAUGUCCUUUAUUUCUUCCUACAUAGUCUUCCCUCCUGUUCUAUAUGCAUAUCCAGCCUUCUAGCCUGAACGCUAAACUGUCUCUCUCUGUCAGCCUGCGGCGGAGUAGCAGCAGUGGCUGCUGGCAGCAACGGGAUGGAUGGGACGCUGUGGGUGUGGCCGAACCUGAGAACCUGGGGAGCGGGACAGAACCAGGGGGCGGGGUUUUUGACGAGGACGAGGGCUACCCCCUCAGGCGGCGGAGCACCCCACGCCCGGCCCUCUUUGAGGAUCAACCCGACCUCACCCCCCUCAUCGACACCAACUUUGACUCCCAGCCCCCCUCCCACCUUCUCCUCACCCCGCCCAGGGAUGGCUUUGACUUCGGGGGGCUGGUGGAGAGGGCCUACCUGGAGCACGAGCCUCCUGCCUCCUACCCCUCCCCCUCGCCCCCGUCGGGACCCGCUCCCCAGAGGAGACGCAGCCUGGGGUACAUCCAGCCCCCUGCUCCACAGGGCCAGGGAACCCCGGACUGGGAAAGCGCUGUGUGGGCCAUGGAGCUCCGGGGGAACCUCAUCGCUGCUGGGAGGAGCAGCGGCAAACUGGAGGUGAGACCCAAUCCCAAAUCAACCCCUAGCCCCUACCCCGUCACUAGACACUUUAUGAUGCUCCCUUGUAGAACAGAAAUAAAUAACUGAAUGGGUGUAGAGGGAGUGGAUGAGAUGGGAAGGCGCAGGGGAAGUGGGAAGAGAGGGGGUAGUCAAGCAGGAAACAAUAUUUGCAAGAGGAGAGAGUACAAAUGACCUGGACUAACCUGUACCCCGUACAUUGACUCGGUACCGGUACCCCCUGUAGAUAGCCUUGCUAUUGUUAUUUUAUUGUUACUUUUAUUUUGUACUUUAUUUUAUUUUGUAAAUAUUUCUUGAACUGCAUUGUUGGUUAAGGGCUUGUAAGUAAGCAUUUUACGGUAAGGUCUACACCUGUUGUAUUCGGCGCAUGUGACCAAUAACAUUUGAUUUGAGUCGGAGAAAUUGGCACAGAGAAAGCCAGGGCAAGUGCACUAAUGUGUGAUGUGUGGUUAGCUGUGGGACGCUGUGGAGGGCUCGUUACGCUGCAGUAAUGAAGAUGGCGUCUCAGGGAUCACGGCCCUGGCCUUCCUCAACAACAGGAUCGUGGCGGCCAGACUCAACGGCUCUCUAGACUUCUUCACUGUCGACAUCAACAAGCCUCUGGGCUUACUGCAGUACAGAGGUGAGCACACACACUGUCAACAUCAACACGCCUCUGGGCUUACUGCAGUACAGAGGUGAGCACACACACUGUCAACAUCAACAAGCCUCUGGGCUUACUGCAGUACAGAGGUGAGCACACACACUGUCAACAUCAACACGCCUCUGGGCUUACUGCAGUACAGAGGUGAGCACACACACUGUCGACAUCAACAAGCCUCUGGGCUUACUGCAGUACAGAGGUGAGCACACAUGAUGUCAAUAUCAGUCCCCUGUAGGUCAGUUGGUAGAGCAUGGUGCUUGCAACGCCAGGGUUGUGGGUUCAUUUCCCACGGGCGUCUGCUAAAUGACUAAAAUGUCAAAUGUAAUAUACACUGAGUGUACAAAACAUUAGGAACCUGCUUUUUCCAUGACAUAGACUGACCAGGGGAAUCCAGGUGAAAGCUAUGAUCCCUUAUUGAUGUCACUUGUUAAAUCCACUUCAUUCAGUGUAGAUGAAGGGGAGGAGACAGGUUCAAUAAUGAUUUUUAAGCCUUGAGACAUGGAUUGGGUUUGUGUGCCAUUCAGAGGGUGAAUGGGAAAGACAAAAUGGUAGUGAACGGGGUAUGGUAGUAGGUGCCAGGCGCACCGGUUUGACUGUGUCAAGAACUGCAACAAUGCUGGGUUUUUCACGCUCAACAGUUUCCUGUGUGUAUUAAGAAUGGUCCACCACCCAAAGGACAUCCAGCCAACUUGACAAAACUGUGGGAAGCAAGAGAGUCAACAUGGGCCAGCAUCCGUGUGAAAUGCUUUCGACACCUUGUAGACGAGUUGAGGCUGUUCUGAGGGCAACAGGGGGUGCAACUCAAUAUUAGGAAGGUGUUCCUAUAAUAUUUUGUACACUCAGUGUAUGUCUGUAAUACGCUUGGAAAGUCGUGUCACAAUCGGUAAAAUGUCAACACAACUGGAGUCACCUCGCCAUUUCUGGAGACAUGUUAUUGACAGGGCAGCGCUAUGGUAGCUAUCAAUAGUGUAGUUAACUAAUUGUCAAGUAAGGUGUCUCCAGACGUUUACUUUCUCAACGUUUGUGACGUCUUAACUUUCAGCGCGUAUUAACUCUAGACAUCUGUAAUGAGUGUGUUUAUUAUCUAUAUUGACUGUGUUCUGUGUGGUGCCAGGUCCCCCCGGGCGUUGGUAACAUGCCACCCUCGCCCUGCUACAGCAGUGAGGAUGUGAUCUCAUGCCAGCUGACGCGCUCGGUGCAGUGUGCCCACCAGAAACCCAUCACAGUGCUUCGAGCCGCUGCCGGCAGAGUGGUCACGGGCAGCCAGGACCACACCGUCAGGGUGAGUGAGAACACAAACACACACAGAAACACGCACACAGAUGUACAGAAACACACACACACACACAUACACACACAUGGUUAGCUGUGGGACACUGUGGAGGGCUCGUUAUGCUGUAGUAAUGAAGAUGGCGUCUCAAGGAUCACGGCCCUGGCCUUCUUCAACAACAGGAUCGUGGCGGCUCGUGUAUAUCAUUCACCAACUUUUUGCAUGAUAAAACAGAAUAAAAUCAACACUCACUCACACACACUAAAACCCUGCUGUUUGUCCCUCUGUGUCAGGUGUAUCGUCUGGAGGACUCAUGCUGUCUCUUCACCCUCCAGGGCCACUCUGGGGGAAUCACUGCCAUCUAUAUAGACCAGGUUAGUCAAUGGUACAGUCUGUGUCCCCCCCACCCCAUCGGGACAGUCCGAUGGUACAGCCCUGUCCCCCAAAGCUGUGUUCCAAUGGCUAAACUCUUGUCUGGCUGCAUUCCAACCCAAAACCUGCUCCCUUGAUGAAUUGCCCCCAGAAGGAUAGUUAUGCAACAUAGCAAUGGGCUCACCAUGCUCCUAAAAUUCCACCUUUUCCGAACCUUCUAUACCAGUCUUGGUGGGUGUGCAGGAGAGUCACUAAGGCACAGGCAGCACAAUUCUGAUAUUUUUAUCCACAAAUUGGUCUUUUGACCAAUCACAUCCAAUCUUUUCACAUCAGAUCUUUUUCAGAGCUGGUCUCAUUGGUUAAAAGACCAAUUAGUGGAAAGUAAUACGAAUUGGGCUGCCUGUGUAAACGCAGCCUAAGAUGCUCCUUUCGAUCAAAAUCCAUUCGACUGUAAGCCCCCCUUACUAGGGCACAUCGUAGCAAAACUUUUUGCAACGGAAAAUUAGGAUUUCUUAUGAACAACUCCAGGUAGUCCCUCCCCAUAGCAGUCCACUUUUUUCUGUUUGUACUUAAUAUGACCCAUGUGAAGUAUCAGUCAUUAUGUGGUGUUGCAGACCAUGGUUCUGGCCAGUGGGGGGCAGGACGGAGCCAUCUGUCUGUGGGAUGUGCUGACGGGCAGCCGGGUGAGCCACGUGUACGGUCACCGUGGCGACGUGACCUCGCUGGUGUGCACCACAUCGUGCGUGAUCAGCAGCGGCCUCGACGACCUCAUCUGCAUCUGGGACCGCAGCACGGGCAUCAAGCUCUACUCCAUACAGCAGGUGGGUCUCUGUGUGUGUGUGGAUCAUUUGGGAGAAAUCUGGUAAACUUCUCUCCUGUUAUUCAAUGAUAGUUUAUGCUUUUAUGCCUCUUCACCUGCUCUCCAUCCCAAUGUUCCCUUCUUUCUCUAAACCUAACCUGUCUCCCCCCUCUCUCUCUCCCAGGAGGUGGGCUGCGGGGCCAGUCUGGGGGUGAUCUCUGAGUCUCUCCUGGUGACAGGGGGCCAGGGCUGUGUCUCCUUCUGGGACCUGAACUUCGGGGACCUCCUCCAGACGGUCUACCUGGGCCAGAGCAGCGACGGCCAGGGGGUCCGCCAGCUUGUGGUGCUGAACAACGCCGCCAUUGUCUGCGACUUUGGCUCCGAGCUCAGCCUGGUCUACGUGCCCUCUGUGCUGGAGAAGCUGGACUGAGCAGGAGCAGAACUAGGACAGGCGCCACACAGUGGCCUGGAGGAGUAGAUGAAAUGAUCAGUACUGACAAUGGGGAUACAUGCAAACUCAACUCUUUUUGGCUCUUUUCGCUACACUACACUGCAGUUGGACAAUCUUCUUGGAAAGAGUUGACGUGAUUGGCUUAUUUCGAUCGCUAGUACUUUCCCCGAUUAGGUGGGAGGGCAUUUUUAUAGCAAUACAUAACAAUUUUUAUAAAGCUAAUGUCUGGUUGGAGAGACAUGCACAGAUGGUCAACCUGCCACAGGGUGAGGUCUGUCUGAACAGAAAGAUGACCCUUGAACUUGUUAGUAGCUCAGGGGGUUUGU